AUGGGUUUCGAUGUGACACCUUCAAAACAGAAGACCUCAAAAAGAGAUGAUUUCCAAGGUAUUCGAGGUUUGGCUAUUCUCUCGGUUCUCGGUUUUCAUUUUUAUCCCGUUCAAUUUCCAAAUGGAUAUUUAGGAGUUGAUCAAUUCUUUGUUCUUUCGGGGUUUCUAAUGUGUAUGAUGCUCACGAAAUCUGAACAACUUCCAAUAUUUCCCUUCUUCAUUCAAUUCUACACUCGUCGUUUCAAACGGAUACUUCCCUUGUAUUUUCUCAUCAUUCUUUUCACGGUUUUUGCUCUCUACACAGUUUUUCCAACAUCUGCAAUAUUCCAAAAUCAAAUGUCCGCUGGAAAAGCAUUGAUAUUCACAUCUAACAGGCCGCAUACGGAAGAUGAAGACUAUUUCGAAAAGGUUUAA